AUGGCAGCAAAAUCUGACGGCCGGGGGCUCGCCACCGGCUUCGCCCAGCUGCACAACCUGGACGAGGCGGUGGGGGGCGGCUGCGGUGAGGACUACCCGCGGGAGGGCAGCUCGCUGCACAUCUGCCACUGCUGCAACACGUCCUCGUGCUACUGGGGCUGCCGGAGCGCGUGCCUGCACUACCUGCUGGGCAGGGGGAGGGAAGAUGCCCAGGAAGGUGCCCGGCCGGCACGAGAGGAGCAGCGCCUCUGGCUCGACUGCCUGUGGAUCGUCCUGGCGUUGCUCGUCUUUUUCUGGGACGUUGGCACCGACCUGUGGCUUGCGGCAGAUUAUUAUGUCAAGCGGGACUACCUCUGGUUCGGACUCACGCUUUUCUUCGUGCUGGUGCCAUCCGUCCUGGUACAGAUCCUGAGUUUCAGGUGGUUCGCGCAGGAUUAUACAGGAGGGGGAUUGGGCACGGUGGAAGGGCUCAGCAGCAGGAGAUCCACCGCGGGUUUGACCGGGCGCAGACGCGGCAGGUGCUGCCGCAUCUCAGUCUGGGUCUGGCAGACUGUUAUUCACAUCCUGCAGAUGGGACAAGUGUGGAGGUAUAUCCGGACCAUGUAUCUCGGCAUACAGAGCCGCCGGCAAAAGGAAAAUCAACGACGUUUCUAUUGGGCCAUGAUGUACGAGUAUGCUGAUGUAAACAUGCUUCGACUCCUGGAGACCUUUCUGGAAAGCGCCCCACAGUUAGUGCUCCAGCUCUGCAUAAUGAUCCAGAAGAACCGCGCUGAGACACUGCAGUGCAUAUCCGCUGUUGCCUCCCUCUUGUCUCUUUCCUGGGUGCUGGCGUCCUACCAUAAGCUACUCCGCGACUCUCGCGAUGACAAAAAGAGCAUGAGCUACCGGGGAGCACUGGUGCAUCUUCUCUGGCGCUUCUUCACUAUUUCCUCACGGGCGCUGUCUUUCGCCCUCUUUGCCUCGGUUUUCCACCUCUACUUUGGUAUUUUCGUGGUGCUGCACUGGUGUGCCAUGGCCUUCUGGGUGAUUCAUGGUGGCACUGAUUUUUGCAUGUCCAAGUGGGAGGAGGUGCUCUUCAACAUGCUGGUUGGCGUAGUCUAUGUCUUCUGUUGGUUCAACGUAAAGGGGGGCAGGACACGAUAUAGAAUGGUGGCUUAUUACUCACUGGUGUUGGUGGAGAACACCAUCCUGACUGCCCUGUGGUACGCCUAUAGGGACCCGAUCACUACCGAUUCAUACGCCGCAUCUGUGCUCUGUGGAGUCUUCCUGUGCUUUGCAUCAGGAGUGGCCUGCAUGGUCCUCUACUAUGGUGUUUUGCAUCCAAUGGGCCCCAGGUUGAGGGUCCUGGCCAGUUCCUGCUGUGCUGAGCUCCUCUGGGGUCUCCCUUUGCCCCCAGAGGCUGAGCCCAUGGCCACAACUCCAGGGCCUCGGGGCUCUCAGGCAACCCCAACUCGGGGUGUGGUAUCUGGAGAAUACGAAGAAGCUGAGGAGGCUGCCACAGACACCUGCCUGCCCGUGUUCCAGGUGAGAUCUACGCAAGCGACUGAUGCAGUAGGCAGGCCUAUUCUGCCUGAAGGGCCCCUGAUUAAGAUUGACAUGCCCAGAAAGCGCUACCCAGCCUGGGAUGCGCACUUUGUGGACCGACGUUUGCGGCGGACCAUAAAUAUCCUCCAAUACAUCACUCCCAAUGCAGUGGGCAUCAGGUACAGGGAUGGACCUCUCCUCUAUGAGCUCCUUCAGUACGAGUCCUCCCUAUAA